AUGCCCCAAGAGCCUAAAGCUAAGAAAAAACGGGUUCCCAUCACUGCUCUGACAAAGCAAGAGAUUUGCCUUAAGAAAAGAGACAACGGAAAACUCAGGGACGAAGACCUCGCUAGAGAGUAUGGCUUGGAUAGAAGCACUAUAACCAAGAUCCUCAAGCAGCGCGAGAGAUGGUUAUCGAUAGACCCUACGUCGAACCAUGCGAGACAAAAGACGCAAAAGUCCCCUAAAUUUCCACAGAUAGAGUCUGCUCUAGCCGACUGGUUGACCAUGGCCGUUUCGAAUGGAGAGGCCGUCAGCGACGCUCAGCUGCAACAAAAGGCGUUGGAAUUUGCGCAAAUGUAUGGCCUUAGAAACGAGUUUCAAGCGUCCAAUGGAUGGAUAUCAAAAUUCAAGACGAGGCAUCAUCAACCAAGAAACAACAGCGACACUACCACGACCAAUGAAGUUUCCCUGUCAGUCAGUCAGCCGCAGACUGUGCCUGGCACGUCCGUUCUUUCCUCCUCCGAGCAUCAACCUUAUAUCAAUUUGACACCAACCACCAGCUACACUACUCCACAAUCCUCAAGAACCAAUGGGGCAACGACAAUCUCGAUGGGACCUCCGUCAGGCUCACCACUCAUCCAUUACCCGGGCACAACCUCAAAUACUUUGGGGAAUCCAUUCACUCCUUCACGCAUGUUUACUCUUGAUGCCAUGUCACAUUUUUCACUGGAUAAUACAGCGUUCGUCUUCUGCGAUUACCAAAACGAUGUCAUUGCCAUGUAUCAGAAUAACGCGAGUCUGAACCAAUGUUUGACCAAAUCGCGUAACCUUUUCCGGUCAGUACAUCAGCAUAGGCAGAAGAAGAAUCUUGCAAUUAUUUCUGUUGGUGUUUGUUUCCGACAAGGAUAUCCUGAAGUAUCUCCUCACAAUGCACAUUUCUUAAUGUGGAAACAGUUCGGCAGACUCGUUGAGGGAACUAAAGGGGCCGAGUUUAUUGACGGAUUGGUACCUCACGAGGGCGAUAUCGUUAUUAAGAAACGCCGCAUUGAUGCCUUCUACAAUACAGAACUGAAAAUGGUCCUUGAAUCACGUAACAUCCGUCAAGUCGUACUUGCAGGAAUCGACACCGGCGGGGUAGUUCUAGCAACCAUGCAAUCUGCUGCUGAUAGGGACUUUAAAGUCGUUGUUGUACGCGAUUGCUGCUUCGAUGCUAGCGAAUCAGUACAAAAUACGCUUAUGGAAGAGGUCUUACCGAAAUAUGGUGUUAUGGUUGUUAAUUUGGAGACUAUUAUGGCGAUGCUGAGAGUUUAA